GUAAACAGACUGAAGGGUUAUGAAUCUGACGUGGAACAAGAACAAAGUGUAUUUGACACGUGGCACCUUACAAGACCACAACAACCUUAUCCGGACAUCAAGAGAGAGAUCCUCUAAUAUCCAAAACCAGCCAAUCAUCUUCACUCUUGAUGCAUUAUCACACUCGACAAUCCUCAAAAAACCACCUUCAUCACAACUCAACCAGCCAGAGCUUAAGAGAGAGAAAAUGGCGUACAGCGCGUGUUUCCUACAUCAGAGCGCAUUGGCCUCCUCCGCUGCACGAUCAUCAUCUUCUUCCCCAUCCCAGCGCUACGUUUCACUCUCCAAACCCGUCCAGAUAGUGUGCAAAGCCCAACAGCCUCAUGAAGACGAUAACUCCGCCGUCUCUCGCCGUCUCGCUCUCACACUCCUCGUCGGCGCCGCCGCCGUUGGUUCCAAAGUGUCUCCCGCCGAUGCCGCCUACGGUGAAGCUGCAAAUGUGUUUGGGAAGCCAAAGAAAAACACAGACUUCACGCCAUACAGUGGAGAUGGAUUCCAAGUGCAGGUGCCAGCAAAAUGGAACCCAAGCAGAGAGGUAGAGUAUCCAGGACAAGUCCUUAGGUACGAAGACAACUUCGAUGCUACUAGCAAUCUCAAUGUCAUGGUCACUCCUACCGACAAGAAGUCCAUCACUGAUUACGGCUCUCCUGAAGAGUUCCUCUCUCAGGUCAACUACCUCCUAGGGAAACAAGCUUACUUCGGUGAGACUGCCUCUGAGGGAGGCUUUGACAACAAUGCAGUGGCAACAGCAAACAUUCUGGAGACAAAUGUUUCGGACGUUGGUGGGAAACCAUACUACUACUUGUCCGUGUUGACAAGAACCGCCGAUGGAGACGAAGGUGGUAAGCAUCAGCUGAUCACAGCCACCGUGAACGGAGGCAAGCUUUACAUCUGCAAAGCACAAGCUGGAGACAAGAGGUGGUUCAAGGGAGCCAACAAAUUUGUCGAGAAAGCAGCCACUUCUUUCAGUGUUGCUUAAAUGUAAAGCAACACCAACAGAACAGAACAAUGCAUUGCUUUCUUUCUUCAUUUGUCUCUUGUAAAAAAAGGAUAAUGAAACUAAGCUUUUGAGAAACUA